AGUAAUCGAGUGCCAGGCGCCUUGACAACCGGAACUGGAGGCGGGUGUUGGAGGAGAACAGAGAUCCGGGGGUAGGCUCCGGCUCAGGGCUGCGGUCACCAACCGCCACCCAGACUAACUAUGGCCUCUUCGGCUGGGGCUCCGGCGCCGUCUUCGGCGGCAACAGCGGCGGCUGCGGGCCCCUCCAUGUUCCGCUGGCUGGAGGUGCUGGAGAAGGAGUUUGACAAGGCCUUCGUGGAUGUGGACCUGCUGCUGGGGGAGAUCGACCCCGACCAGUCCGAGAUCACCUACGAGGGCCGCCAGAAGAUGACGGCGCUCAGCUCCAGCUUCGCACAGCUUUGCCACAAGGCGCAGACCGUCUUCCAGAUUAACCAUAAACUGGAGGCUCAGCUGCUGGACCUGAAGUCAGAGCUGAUCGAUACCCAGGCUGAGAAAGUCGUGCUAGAGAAAGAAGUACAUGAUCAGCUCCUCCAGCUUCAUGCAGUCCAACUGCAGCUGCAUGCCAAGACUGGGCAGAAUGUUGACUCCAGUUCAAUCAAGGCCAAGCUGGAGAAAGAAUUAGAAUCCAAUAAAAAAGAAAAAGUGAAGGAAGCAAAGCUAGAAGUUGAUGUAAAACUGCUGAGGAAAGAGAAUGAAGCCUUGCGUCGUCAUAUAGCAGUUCUACAAGCUGAGGUGUAUGGUGCAAGGCUGGCUGCUAAGUACCUGGAUAAGGAGCUGGCGGGCAGAGUGCAACAAAUCCAACUUUUGGGUCGAGACAUGAAAGGACCUGCUCAUGAUAAACUCUGGAACCAGCUGGAAGCAGAAAUACAUCUUCAUAGACAUAAAACUGUUAUUAGGGCGUGUCGGGGGCGCAACGACCCUAAACGGCCCCUGCCCACACCGCCUGGGCACGACCCAGAUAUCAUAAGGAAGACCCAAGGUGUUGGGCCAAUUCGGAAAGUACUGUUAGUCAAAGAGGAUCAUGAAGGUCUUGGCAUAUCUAUUACAGGUGGCAAAGAGCAUGGAGUCCCAAUUCUAAUAUCAGAAAUCCACCCAGGUCAGCCUGCUGAGCGAUGUGGUGGCCUGCAUGUUGGAGAUGCCAUACUAGCUGUUAAUGGAAUCAAUUUAAGAGAUGCCAAACACAAAGAAGCUGUUACUAUUCUCUCCCAGCAGAGAGGAGAGAUUGAGUUUGAAGUGGUGUAUGUUGCUCCAGAGAUAGACUCUGAUGAUGAAAAUGUGGAUUAUGAGGAUGAGACUGGGCAUCGUUAUCGCUUGUAUCUUGAUGAGCUGGAGGAAAGCAGAAAUGCAGCUGUUGGCAGAAAUGAUGGAAGUGGUGACGCCAAACCCUUAGCAGUGACAGAACAGAAACCAGUUCUAGAUGCCAUCUUAAAUGGGGAUGCAGGAACGAACAGUGAAACAGCUUCAGAAGAUGCAACACCCAAACAAAAAGAUUGUGCAGAAUGCUCAUCUUAAGUUAUCCCUAUGUUACUUGAACAUUAACAUGAUAUUUCUGCACUUGACUGGCAAAACAGAAGGAACAUCGUGUGAAUGUGAUCAACUGUGUAUACUUGUACUGAAAAUAAUGUUUAUUAGGGAUCACCAUGAUUAUGUUCUGUGGCUAAGGAGUUCCAAAUAUACCAUGGAGUUGCAUUAUUAACAAUUCUGCAUGUACAAAAAUACUUUGAUUUUUGUAUGAAUUAACCAUCGCAAGUAAACUUGUUUGAUGGCAUAUAUGUUCUGAGGUUACAGCUAACUGAGGAUUUGAAACUAGAGGGAGACAACACAUAUUAGGUGCUAGCUUAAUAGUUAAACAGUGUCUUUUGGGAUGUUUUCAGACUGCCUGUUGCACUUUCCCUUUAGGGUUCUUUUGUGCACAAAAUCUGCACAAGAAGCACUUUCAUCCUGUUACAGUUACAUUUUGUCAAUUUUUUUCCGUACUGUUGCUUCUAAAUUGAACCAUUUGGAGAAAAUUGAUGACAUUGCAUUUGCUUCUCAUUAUUCGUAUGUGAUUAAUUGGAAAAUCUAAUCUGUCUUUAAAUAUAUGCAGAACUGUUAACUGGAUUUCCUAAAGGUACAAUAGAACCUUGUCCUGACCCUUAGCCUUGUCCGUAAAGAAUGUAGUCACAUUACAUUAAAUGUUGCUGUUAAUCUAGCUAGGAAUUGACAUAUUAAUUUAAUAUCUACAAAUAGUAAAAGCGUGAUAUCUUGUGUUUAAACUUUAGGAUGAUACAAAAAUAAUGAGCCAAUGAGAUAUAGAUUAUUUAGCUUGCAUACCUGCACCUCAUUGGAAGACUAAUUUGUUAAAGUACAUUUCCUAAUCCAGUAGUAAUAAUUAUUUAAAGUUACAGAGUUACAUUGUUGUAGAUACUCAGUUCCUAUGUAUAUCCAAACCAGAAUUGAAAUGCACUAUUUGUAAUUAUCAGGUUAUUCUGAAAAGGGUAUAAAAUGGAAUAUCUAGUAAAGCUAAGGUGAUCUUGGUAUAUUCGAUAUAGUAUCACUUCUUCAGGUGCUUUGCAGCUUUGGAAGGGAAGCAUGUUGUAUGUACUGGUCUCUACACAUUGAUCACUUGUUACACUGCACCAAUUCAUUAUAACACAUGAAUCCUGGCCUUGUUCAAAUAGUGCAGGUGCAAUAUGAAGCGCAAAUUCCCAUCAAAAUUUCAAUAUUUCAAUAUCAAACUUAUGUGAACAUGCUAAAGGAUGAUUUUCAGUUAAUGACAAGGAUUUGGACAAUAGAGAACUUCACAAUACUACAACAGAGAAGUACACAGAUUGUAAAAUAAAAAAUAAAUACUGUGGAUGCUGGAAAUCUGAAAUAAAAACAAAAAUGCUGGAAAUACUCAGGUCAGGCAGCAUUUGUGGAGAGAGAAACAGAAUUAGCAUUGCAGAUUGAUGACUUUUUGUUGGACAGAAAAUAACUUAUUUUCUGAACACAAACUCCUGAAAAAGGUAUAUUUGCUUCUCAUGUUUUUUUUCUAUAUUUACACGGUAGAGUUCACACUCUUUCUAUUUAUAUAUUAUAAUGAAACAAAUGCUUCAUUUUUUAUAGUGUAAGUUUGUUCUCAGCAGCACUAGUGGUUUCUUUGUCAUUUUUGUAUAAGCAACUCUGUAUUGUACAUACAGCUUUAUUGGAUUUUUAACUAUUUAUAAAGGUACAGUUUAUGGUGAA